AUGGCAGUCUUUCUCGGAUCUAUCAAGGGUCUUCGGGUUGGUCUGAACUUAGCCCUGGCCAUUGCUUUGCACAACAUUCCAGAGGGUGUUGCUGUUGCACUUCCUGUCUAUUUUGCAACACAGAGCAAAUGGCAGGCAUUCAAACUGGCAACACUUUCUGGCUUGGCUGAACCCCUGGGUGUAAUAAUUGUAGCCUAUAUAUUCCCAAGCAGCCUAAGUCCUGAGAUUCUGGAAGGUCUUCUGGGAUCAGUCGGUGGAGUUAUGGCUUUUCUUACCUUGCAUGAAAUGCUGCCAUUGGCGUUCGAUUAUGCGGGGCAGAAGCAAGCUGUCAAGGCUGUGUUCUUUGGAAUGGCUUUCAUGUCUGCAAGUCUAUACUUCCUUGAGAUCAGCUUACCUGAGGAUUUGAGCUUGUAG